AUGGAUUCUAUGAGAUCUCUUAAUACCUCUCUACCUACAUCAUCUCCUCGUCCAAACAAUGCACAGCCCCCCGAACAGCUGCUGCAAGCCUUCAAGACAGCGGCUCUAUCCGUGACAAACCUCUACAAAACCGCCGUUUCCGACCAAGCCAGUGCUCGCCAUAUUGGAUACCAAGAAGCCUUGGAAGACCUUCGAGCGUUUCUUGAAAAGGAAAAAAUUGGGUUAAAUGAUGGAGAGGGGUUGAAAGUGAAAUGUUGGGUGACAGAGAAGCUAGAUGGCAGCACUGCCACUUCAAUGGAUAGUGACGAUGAACGAGCCGACCUGGACAUCAAAAGAAGUCGGAGUAUAUCGCCAACUACCGCGAGGAAGGAGAGCUUGGAGGUUAAUCACACAAGUCAAGCAUCCAGAUCGACCCCACCUCCACGCAAUGAAGCCAAUUUUCACAAUCAAUCUUCGGUAGCGAUAGACCUCCCCUCUUCAAACAGACCAACCACAUUCACCUUUACUACUGGAACCUCCUACCCGGUGCCCCAGCAAUCCGAUAUUGAUAUGCAAACAUCCGAUCAUGUACCCGUAACUACGACUUCCAUACAAACCGACUCCCACCUGCCGCACUCUUCGACUCUGAGCAGCUCCCCGACCGUCAGGGUUGAAGUUGUUCCUCGAGGCUCCAGAGUACCUCACCGACUCGGCAAUGGCAAUCGACACAAUCCACGAGCGUCUGCGCGAGAUCCCUCAUCGAAUACUGGAUCCAAGAGAAAAUUCCAUUUUGGAGACUUUUUUGACAUCUCGAGUCUUGGGAAUGGACGGGACGUUUUUGGAGGAGGGAAGCGAGGUCGUUUUAUAUAA